AUGUCUCCUCUGCUGGUAUCACCGAAGGUCAACGCUGUCCUCCGGGUUGGCAAGUUGGGCCAAGUAACCAAGACCAUCCGGGUUCGACAUUCCUCGUCAUCCAAAGAAGACGUUCCUUCAAUACAAACCCGAUAUCUCACCGAUACUGAUGGUGAGAAGAGGACUGCUGUCUGGACCUUAGCCGCUGAUAUCAUCCAACGUUGUCCCAAUGUUCGGACACUGGAGUGGGAGACGAAUUUUGGCAUAGGUGGAAGUUUAUGGGAUGCGAUCUCCUCUCUGAAUGAUCUGACGCAACUAUCAAUUCGCCACUCGCCUUUACACCCCUCUCAAGAUCCGAACAGAAAUUCCACUGCGCAUUUCCCUCGCAUAGCUCCUCGUCUACAACUGCUGAUUCCUCCUGGCUUAUCGCUACAACCAGAGGUCAAGGCUGGGGGUAGCGUUUCACCGCUGACGAGAGGAUCAGUCGUUGGCAAUGGUGGUUGGGGCUUAGGAAUAGGAUGGGAGAACUUGGAGGUCCUGAAGAUAGGGCCGUUGAGUGAAACAGGUGCAAAAACGAUCGCGAAUCAUCUCACCUUGUUAUCAAUGCGACCCUGUUCUCUCGCCGGAAUCGCGUUGGAAACUCAUUUCCUAGAUAUCCUUCUUUGUAAUGCAAUCAGCAGAAUCGGUUCUCUCGGUACAUUGGCUCAUGUCGAAUUAUCCACGACUGGGACAAGAUUGACUGCCGAGUGCCUCAACACCAUUAUCACCGGUUGUGUCGUGUUAGAAAGUCUCAAACUGAAUGGUGUAGAUGGCCAUUUAAGCAAAGAUACCUGGUCAACGAUCACUGAGUGGCCACCAAGCUUUGAAUCGCUGGAGAUAGUAGUUCCGGAGUACUCCAAGAAAUUCUCCUGGAUACUGGAUCAUCUUGAAAGUAUUCAUCAUGUACCUAUAUCUCAACUCAAACAUCUCGCCAUACGCCGAAGUAUCCAUCCGACAAAUUUUCUACCUUUUCCUCCACCCAACGCACUUACAUAUCCGCCUUGUCGACCUGAUAUGGCGCUGCAAGCGAUCCCAGAUACACUUCUCAACGCGAUCGUGGACAAGGGCAAGCAGCUGCGAUCACUGUGUCUGAACUGGUGCGAGAUCACUCAAGGAGGAUUCACAACUAUAAUGUCGAAUUGUACGAAAUUGAAGACAUUGGAGAUAGCCUUGGCGGCUCCUCUCAUACAGGUCUUGAACCUUCCAACCUCCUUCGCGAAACUUCCUAUGGAACGACUACACAUCACUAGUGAUCCUGCAGUGCAUCCGGCUAACAUCACGGGCAAACUCAAAAUCGAUGACAUCAACAUUCCUGAGGCUUUUCCAACGGUCCUUCGCAAUCAAAUUCUGGAGAAUGAUCCGAACCUGCCAGAUCCUCGAGAUUUGAAGCGAUUUUCCCGUCGGUUGCCCAACUUGACCACUUUCGCUUGGGUAGGAAAGGGUGGUCGAGGCGAAUGGCACUUCACUCGCAAGUCUGCUCCAUCGAGUAUAGUCAAUAUCGACUUCAAACAUUCUGCUGUCAAAACUGAGGAUAUAUGGCAACAAUGUCAGAAAGCUCCUCCACCGCUGUACGGUGAUGUUAUCGAAAACCCGAGUUCAAGUGUUUCAUUAGAGAUCCCCUCUCUACCCUCGACACCUGCAAUUAUCGAUUCACCCAUUUCUAGGGUUUCAACUGUCAAUACGGAUGGCUUGGUCAAGACUCCUAGCACUGGAAGAGUCAGCUUAGCCGAGGUUGAGGCUGGUCUCGAAGAUCCUUCGCCGUUCAAUGCCGAGGCAGUAACCGAAGUCCCUCCAACUGCUACGAAGACAUUCACCGGAUUACCCAAGAUUCUCCGAAAUUCGAAAGCUUCGAGACCUAUACCAGCCACCUCCCCCAGUACUUCCAAUAAGAGUGGUCCAUCCGCGAUGUUCUCUUCGCCCAGGACCAGUGGACCGGUAAGCUCCGAAGCGAGGUCACCUCCGAGUUCACCUCAUUCUUCCCAUCGCCGAGGAUCGAGCAGAACCUGGCAUGGUGUCACUCGUAAGAGCGCUGUUCCCGAACAAGAGUUGACCAACGCGCCUCGGAUCGUUCCUGGUUCCGGGGGUAGACAGUCUCUUCCUGUCGAAGCUAUUGGUGAGAGACUGAAGAAGGCUGCACCGAAGGAAAAGGUGGAGAAAAAGAAGAUUGAGGCUAGUCCGAAAUCGGCAGAAUCGGGAUGGACCGUUGUAGGUGCAGGGAAUGAUAAGCCGAUCAAAGGGGAUAGGUCAAAGAAAGGUAUUCCUAAGAAAUCGAAAUAUUGA